AACAUGCGGAUUUUAUGCGAUGUAUGUGAGAGCGCCGCCGCAAUCAUCUUCUGCGCCGCCGACGAAGCUGCUCUCUGUUACUCAUGCGACGAAAAAGUUCAUAUGUGCAAUAAGCUGGCAAGUCGACAUGUACGUGUAGGCUUGGCUGAUCCGAACAAUGCCCCAAACUGUGACAUAUGCGAAAACGCACCCGCUUUCUUUUACUGUGAGAUAGACGGCAGUUCCCUUUGUCUGCAAUGUGACAUGGUUGUACAUGUUGGCGGCAAGAGAACACACAGGCGGUUUCUUUUGCUGAGACAGAGAAUCGAGUUCCCAGGCGAUAAACCUAAUCACGCCGAUGAGUUAGGAUUACGGCGUCCAAAUGGUCAAGAAUCAAAUGGGAAUGGCGAUCAUAAUAUGAUCGACCUUAACUCCAAUCCUCAACGACCACAUGAGGAGCCUGGAUCAGAUCACCAAGAGCAAGGUAUCGAUGGUAAAUAG